CGCGGUGUAUCUGCUGGGAGGAGAUACCGUGUAUCUGACAGCGGAGAAGUAGCGAGCGGAUCGGCAGCAUCCAGGCCGUGAUACUCCCUGAAGCCGACCCAUGGCACUCAGCAGUUAGAUAUUGCAGGUAUUUUUGGAAACACCGGCGGCGGCAGUAGCUUUCGGAGAAGGUGAUGUUGAGCUAAACUCUGCGUCUGGAAAGUGAUAGGAUUUCAAUAAACCGGAGGCUGCAAAGCAUUUUACAGACCAUGAGGUACUUCUGUUUUUCUCGAAGGUCGUAAGUCAUUCGUAAUAGAGGAAAUACGUACAGUAAACCCCCACAAACAGCAACGAGACCUUGUAACAAGCCCAGCGUGACCAUGGCAACAGUUGUGAUGGAUCAGAUUGGCAGACUCUUCAUCAAUAUCCAGCAGAUCCGUCAGAUCCCGAGCCUGGUGGAGCAGUCUAUCCCUAGCCUGCCAUGCGCAGUGAAGGAUUGUGAAGUGCCACAGAUAUUCCGUGAACCGUACAUCUACUCUGGCUACAGGCCCGUGAAACAGAGCUGGCGCUACUACUUCUUCACCUUGUUCCAGCGGCACAAUGAAUCUGUCAAUGUUUGGACCCAUCUGAUUGCUGCGCUGGUCGUCCUCCUCAAAUUUCAGAAGCUGUCUGAGACAGUGGAGUUUUUGUCUGAUCCCCAUGCACUGCCACUAUUGAUCCUUCUCCUGUCUGCCUUCACCUACUUGACUUUCAGUUCCUUGGCCCAUCUCUUGCACUCGACCUCUGAAUUUGCCCACUACUCCUUCUUCUUCUUGGACUAUGUUGGUGUGGCCAUCUAUCAGUAUGGUAGUGCUUUGGUCCAUUACUAUUACUCUGUUGAAGAGGAGUGGUACCACAUUAUCAAGCCUUUCUAUCUCCCAAUGGCUACCAUCUUGGCUUGGAUGUCCUGUUUGGGAUGCUGCUACUCAAAAUCCAAUGCCAAGGUACUGUGUCCUUGGACACGCAAACUCUACCAGGUAGUGCCAGCAGGGCUGGCCUACAUAUUAGACAUUAGCCCUAUACUGCACCGGAUAAACAAUUGCUAUUCCUCUGGUUGCACCGAUGACACCAUCUGGUACCAUUCAGGCCAGAUCAUCUUCUUCCUUAUUAGUGCUCACUUCUUCUCUUGCCCUCACCCAGAGAAGUGGUUCCCAGGGAAGUGCGACAUUUUCCUGCAGGGGCACCAGAUUUUCCAUGUGUUCAUGGUCCUGUGUACCAUGGCCCAACUGGAAGCUGUCCAUUUGGAUUACAAAAAUAGACAGCACUUCUAUCGGAUUUGGCACAGAGACUCCACCUGGACUGUGGUCACCUGUUUUGUAAUCCUCAUCUCCUCCAGUGUUGCCACAAUGCUUUACAUGAGGCACCUCAUGAAAAUCAAACUGAGCCACAAGGACAAAUGAAGACUGUCACUUCUCAAUUUAUAAUGUUCAACAUCAGUACGUUCAGGACAUUUUCAUCUUUUCUGGGUGUGGUUUUCAGGGGGAGGAGGGAAGGGUGGCCCCAUCUGUUGGUUGCUGGGCAGGGAUUUUUGUUCUUGGGUUGAACUUGACCUCAAUUUGUUUUGCAUUGAGACAGAUAGCAACUUUAGAAAAUGUCGGUCACAUACUCAAUGUUGUCAUGUUAAUGAAUAUCCUUUGCUGAACAUUCAGCUUCAGAUUUGAAUUUUGUCAGAAGGUGCUGGUUCAAACCACGUGUUCUGUUGUAAUUGACAUGUUCAAACAAGUGUUGCUCUGUUAAGUUCAGACAAUGAGUGCCUUUGGCUUGGGCAUUUUUCAAUAUGACCUGCCUAAAUAUGCCUGAAUAUCAAAAGUGAUGGGCCUGAAUUUUUAAUUAUUUAACCCAGCAGCCAUUCUUUGGUCUGUUUAUUUAAUUUGUCCAACUUUACUUAAAUCCUAAAAUAAACACUCAACUCCAGACAUUGGAUAUCUGAAACAAAAACAGUUCUGGAGAAACUCAGCAGGUCUGGCAGCAUCUGUAGAGGGAAAGCAGAGUCAACUUUUUGAAUCCGGUUAUCCACCUUCAAAACUUGUUCUUUCGACAAAGGGUCACUGAACUCUGAAGCAUUAAUUCUUGUUUUCUGUCUAUAGACUCUGCCAGACCUGCUGUGUUUCUCCAGCAUUUUAAUUUUGUUUACUCAAAUUCUGUUGGUUUCCCUGCUUUCUUUUGGUAGUAGUCAAUAUUUCCAACUGUCCAGAAUUAUACUCAAACUGCGUUAUUUGGUUGAUGCUAACUGAUGAAUUGCUUUGACAUGUACCAAAGCCAACGUUUCACAUUGGUCAAGAAGGUUGCACAUUGUCAUGUCAUGUCAUGUUGACCUGUGAGUGAUAAUUGCUGUUCACUUCCCAAUAGUACCUUUUUUAAUGGUAGAAAUGAAAUACAUUUGGCAAAGCAGCCCUGACAGAAUCAGUGCAUCUUAUUUUCUGCUCCUCAACCAUUUUGAUGUUUCAAUUCCAUACCAGUGCAUCCCAUUCAACCCCUGAUCAGCUGACUUGGAGAUUUUCUCAGUGACGUUGUCCACUACAUUGAUGUCAUUGCAAGCUCAGAUGGUGCAAUAUCAGAGGUACAAAGAAUUUCCUAGUGUACAUUUUCUACACAAUUGACUAGAAAACCUUUCAAAAGUCAGUGUAUAGUUUGCCAAAUCCUAUUUUCUACCAUUGUGCCAGAUAUCGUCUACAAAUUGUGUUGUUUGUUUGCAAUGCUCUACUGUUGGAUGCACCUUUUAGGGAAGGAGAAUAAACAAACCUGCAUUUGUGUGGUGUCCGUCAUGAUCCCAUGAUGCCCCUCUGCAUCCAAUGAAAUACUUUUAAUGAACUGUUGUUGCUCUGAUCAAUUAGCAAACGUGGCAUCUAACUUGGAUGCAGCACAAACAAAUGAGAUGAUGAUAGUCAGGGACGUUGAUUGAAACAUGGAGUAUUGGCCAAGAUACUGGAGAAAACACCUUUCUAUACUUUGAAAUAGUGAAAUGGAUAGAUUAUGCCCUCCUGCCACAGUAGGAAAGGUCUCAGUUUGAUAAUGAAAUGAUAUUUUGAUUCCAGCAUACCAUGACUCCAGAAUUGAGAGUGUCAGCAUACAUUUUGGAGGACGAUGUGAUCCCAUGGCCUCUUCACUUCAGAAAAAGUAUUUACUAAUCCUUGGAUGACCAGAGCAGACUGUGUACAGGUUUUGGAUCUAACAGUGUUGCAUUAAGAAAAUGUCACACAUAGCAAACAAAUUAUGCUGCUUAUUGCACAGAUAGUGAAAAGCGAGUUAGCUUGUGGUUCAGAAGCUGAGGUUUGAUUCCCAUUCCAGCUGAAGUAGACUUAUGACCUUCCUACUCAUCCUCCCACUAAGAGGGGAAAGAAAUGGCAAACCAUCCUGGAUAAAAAUAAAACUAAGAAAACAUCUCCAUCAUGAAGUAUUAUCAGAUAAUGGGCUAUGGACUAUGAAUGAAUGUAGAGACUUCAAGUGGGUGAACGAAACAAUCUGUAGCAAAUGGACCCCUUCUUGAUUAGACAUGAGCUGUGCUAAGUAUUUGUGAAUGUUCCAAGGGAAAUUAAUCCAUUUGUUGCUGUCUUCAGUGAGACAAGUGCUGGCUUAAGAUGAGAUGCUGCCUCUUGUUUCCUUCUUCCUUAACAUAUCAUUUUGUUGGAGCCUUUCUCUCUUGUUUGAAAAUAAAGUGAAUUGUGGGCUUUGACUCUUCCUCUAAUAGUCACUUUCAGGACUGACAAGGGAACAGAUGGAGAUUGCAUUGAUGAAGUAAACAUUUUUCAGCUUCCGUACUCAUACUCACUCUAAAAUAAAAAAAAUCAUUUGAA